CUCCUCCUCGCUAUCCUACUCCUACGCUACCAUGAAGGCUCCUUCCGCCCUCCAGCGCGGCAUGGCCUGCCUGUGCUGCCGCAAACGCAAGAUGAAAUGUGAUGGCGCCCGUCCUGUCUGUGGUCAAUGCACGAAGGCAAACAGAGGGCCGGAGUGCACGUACUACGAAAAGAAGCGCACAAGCCGCACGCAGCUUUUGCAGGCGAAGAUCACGAAACUCGAGGCCCGUUUGCGCGAGCUUGAGUCUGAGCAUACCCCAGAACCCUCCUCCAGCUCCGCGUCGCGAUCGCCCAGUUUAGCGGGAUCCUCGUCGCCAAGUCUGAGCGUGUCUCUCCCCUUCGACUCUGUCUUGUUCCAUCCCUCCGAUAUCGACCGCGACUACGGCGGUUCUGGCGGCAACGAGUCACUAUCUCACAUCCCCUCGGAUCCGUUCUUCUCGGGACUCCAGGACGAUUCAAGCUCUUCGGGAUAUUCCUGGCAGGAGGGCUUAGACUUCUCACCCGCCGUAGAUGACUUCCUCGCUCCGUGUCCAUCAGAACCAAGCACUAGUACCCCACAAGAAACUUCUACCGUCCACUCACCAAAUUGGUGGGAGAAUGACGUUUUCUGCGAGAACAAGCAAGUGCUCCUCGACAUUUUCUUCGCGCAUCGACACCAAUGCUCGUUUGACGUCCACAUAGGCCGAUUCAAGGCUGCACUAUUAGCACCCGCUGCGCGAAAACCACAUUCCUCCUUGGUCGACGCCGUUUACCUGCUCGCAUGCUACUUCUCACGGUCGCCGAGUCUCACCGCGCUAGAGCCGUAUUUCCUCAAGCGGUCACUUCGCGGAAUCGCGGAUGCACUUCAGAACACGGACCGGAUCGUCCAGGUCCUCCAAGCCUCGUGUCUUCUAGCUGUCUACUUCUUCUGGCAUGGACGCACCCUCGAGGGUUACUAUCACUCCUCAAUCGCGGCGCGCCUCGCUGUCGGCCUCGGGUUGCAUCAGAUACGCUCCAACGAGUGGUUCCAACUGCAGUUCGCGCGUGCUGGCUAUUCACAAGAGGCGCCGGCGCCGCUCAAGGCAUCGGUGCCGCUGAAGCCUCCGCUCGAUGAAGUGGAGUACACGGAACGAAUAGCGGCCUUCUGGCAGAUCUUCUCGGUCGACAGGUCCUGGGCGGUGGCCACGGGCCUCCCCACGGCGCUUCCUGACGACGACCACCCGCGGUCCCAGAUAGAGACGAUGUGGCCGAUCACGAUACCGGACGACCCUGACCCCGAACUCGAGAGCGGGAUUAUUCCAGCGCUCCCGGGUGGCCACUUGUCAGGCUCAGCGUCCACUGCGGCGCUGCGCGUUAAGGCGAUCGCCCUCUUUGAACGUACCGCGCGGUUCUCAUCAACUCCCACGAAAGACGACAAUCACUAUUCGUUGGAGAUGUCGCUCACGCAGUUCCUCACGAACCUCUCGAACCUCAGCAACCAGCAGUACAGCCUGUCGUUCCUUGUCACGACUGCCGACCUUGUCGACAUGCAGACGCUCAUCCACGCCGCGACACUGCACCUGUACCGCGACUCGCUCGAGAUCCAGUCGCAGUCGUAUCAGAAGUGCGCCUGGGCGGCGGGCGCGAUGACUUCCCUCAUUCGCUCCAUGGCGGAGAGCGACUACGACCUGCUGUGCCCUAUCAUUGCGACAUGUUGGCGCUCAGCUGCGGAGGUCUACCUGCGCAUACGAGCAUCCGCGCAGGGGCAACCGCUGACGACGACGACGGAGCUGAUUGAGCAGGAGCUCGAUACGCUCGUCACGGCAUUGCAACGCCUUAGCCUCGUCUUCCCUAUCGCAGGCAUCUACGCUGCGAAGAUCCAGGACGACAGGAUACCGGCGGGCCAAACCUUUGUUUCGCCGCCCCUGGUAUAACGAACACAAUCACGACCGCCAUUGUAUAUUGGAUAGCCUCGUUCCCCAUGCUAUGGACAUGCUAUGAUACCGCCUGGAUAAUUAUUAUAUUGGUAUGCGCCCCUGUACCGUCGCUCUCUGGGUCUCUUCCGUCAUCAUUUCGGGAUGUUCCAGGAGGAUGUACUUACUGCCGGUCUCCUCUCCCCCCUUCGCUGUUCCCCGCCGUGUGUUAUUAUGCCUGUAUCAAUUAGCGACAUCCUACUCUAUACCAUACC